AUGGUCUUGACAUCUCAUUUUGUGGACUCUGAUUGGUAUUUACAAAAAGGAAUUUUGAACUUCGUUGAUGUGCCUCCACCACACAGUGGAGUUGUUGUAUAUGAUGCAUUGUACAAAUGUUUACAAGACUGGGAUGUAAUUGAAAAUGAGAGGGAAAGUGUGAAGCACAUAGCAACAUCCACUGCGCGUUUGACUAUUUUUAGUGAUAUUGUCAAACAACUUCAGUUGCCAAACAAGAGGUUGAUUUUAGAUUGUUGUACACGGUGGAAUGCAACAUAUUCUAUGUUGCCAUGUGCGAUGGAGUUUAAAGAUGUAUUUUCACAGCACGCUCAACGAGAUGUAAGUUAUAAAUAUUUGCCAAGUGAUGAAGAUUGGAUGAGGGUUGAAGAAGUUUGUUCUUUCUUAGCACUGUUUAAUGAAGUUACCAACAUUAUAUUAGAUUCUGAAUAUCCAACUUCAAAUUUAUUUCUUACUGAACUUUGGAGUAUCAAGGAAUUAUUGAUGGAGAAAUCUUUGAGUAAUGAACUUUGGAUGAGACAAAUGGCCGGGAAAAUUCAAAUAAAAUUUGAUAAAUAUUGGGGUGAAUACAAUUUGUUGAUUUCUAUUGCUGCUAUAUUAGAUCCCAAGAUGAAAUUGAUUGACUUCAGUUUUUGUGUAAUUUAUUCUAAAGAUGAAGCUCAUAGACAAAUUCACAUUAUGCGUGAUAGUUUAUAUGAGCUUUAUAAGGAAUAUGUGGUUGAAUAUGCAGCAACUAAUGUUGGUACAUCAGUGGAAAAUGACGUGCAAGAAAGUGGUGUCAGCAAUGUUUCUAACACUAGUAAAACAGGAAAGGGAAAAAUUAUGACUGGAAGGUCCAAGUUUGAGAGAUAUAUUCGAAGUGUUAAAACAGUUGAUGAUGUCAAGUCUGAACUAGAUACAUACUUGGAAGGAGUUUUCAUUUGUAAGGAGAAUUUUGGUGAUUUUGAUGCCUUAGAGUGGUGGAAGGUUAUCAAGUUUCAAAUUUUAUCAAAAAUGGCUAUUGAAAUCUUGUCUAUUCCCAUUACCACAAUUGCCUCAUAA